CCGGAAGCGGGCGGUGCUGCCUGCCGAGCCGUUUCCUGCCCGGGACGCGGCGGAGCCGGAGCGGAGGGGAACGGAGCCGAGCGGAGCCAUGACUCACCAGACCGGCAUCCACGCCUGUUUCUCCAGUCUCCUGAGAGAACGGUGAAUUCUUCUCCAGCGCGCGCUUGCAACUCCUCUAGCUUCCCACCUUACAGCUGUUCAUGGAAAUGUGGACUAAACCUGGACCCACCACAGGUCCCCAGGAGACCUUGCUCUAUCCAACCUCUGAUACCUCCCAGACCACCACGGAAUUAAGGGACUUCUUUGCCAAAGCCCGAAAUGGUUCAGUUCGGCUCAUCAAGGUCAUCAUUGAGGACGAACAGCUCGUGCUGGGAGCCCACAAAGAGCUGUCCCGGCGCUGGGAUGCCGACUACGACGCCUUCGUGCUGCCCUUGCUGGACGAGCAGCAGCCGUGCUACGUGCUGUACCGCCUGGACAGCCAGAACGCCCAGGGCUACGAGUGGCUCUUCAUCUCCUGGUCCCCCGACAGCUCCCCGGUCCGGCUGAAGAUGCUGUACGCCGCCACCAGAGCGACGGUGAAGAAGGAGUUUGGCGGGGGGCACAUAAAGGACGAGAUGUUUGGAACGGUGAAGGAGGACGUGUCCCUGAGCGGUUACCAAAAGCAUGUGUCCUCCUGCUCCGCCCCGGCCCCGCUGACCGCAGCCGAGCAGGAGCUCCAGCAGAUCCGCAUCAACGAGGUGAAGACAGAGAUCAGCGUGGAGAGCAAGCACCAGACCCUGCAGGGCCUGGCCUUCCCCCUACAGUCGGAUGCUCAGCAAGCCAUCCAGGCACUCAAGCAGAAGAAAAUCAACUACAUCCAGCUGAAGCUGGAUCUGGAGCGGGAGACCAUCGACCUGGUACACACGAGCCCCACGGAGAUCGCCGACCUGCCCAAGAGGAUCCCCCAGGACUCAGCUCGCUACCAUUUCUUCCUGUACAAGCACUCGCACGAGGGAGACUACCUGGAGUCUGUCGUCUUUAUCUACUCCAUGCCCGGGUACAAAUGCAGCAUCAAGGAGCGCAUGCUCUACUCCAGCUGCAAGAGCCGGUUGCUGGACACCGUGGAGCAGGAGUUUUGCCUGGAGAUAGCCAAGAAGAUAGAGAUCGACGAUGGAGCUGAGCUGACGGCGGAGUUCCUCUACGAGGAGGUGCACCCCAAGCAGCAUGCCUUCAAGCAGGCCUUUGCCAAGCCCAAGGGGCCUGUGGGGAAACGGGGACAGAAGCGGCUGAUCAAGGGGCCGGGCGAGAACGGCGAGGACAGUUAGAUCCCGCAGGACCGGGUGGUGAACGGACAGCAUCCCCGCGGCGCUUCCCGGCUUCCUCUCUGCUGACCUGGGGAUCUUUCCCUCCAUCUCAGCCUUUUUUGGGUUGUUUUUUUUUCUCCUCCUUUUUUCCUAUUUCAUUCCUUUUUUUAAACACCAGGAUGGCUUGUUGCACCUGGGGGCAGAGCGAUGGGAAGGGUUCAGGGGUGUCGGUGUUUCUUUUCCCCGUGUCCUUGUGCAAGCCCCGGGGCUGCCAGCGGAGGACGGGAGCAGCAGGGCCAUGUCCCCCAGGUUUCGCUCCUGUCCCCUCUGGGGGCACAGCCGCUGCUCUCCGUGUCCCCUGGGUGACUGAAGGACACGCUUGCCUGCAAGCUGCUCUAUGCAAAGGGAAGGGGGUGGCGUUGGGGAUUCCUGUUUGAAAAGAGAAAAUGCUUCUUUCCCUGCUCCCCUAGCCCCCAGAUUUUGCUCCCCUGUCCCGCUCUCGGUGUGCACGGCCCCUCUGCCCCAGGCCUGGAGCGAUCCUGCACCCCCUCAAGGUGCAGGCAGGACCCCUCCCCGUGGGGUGGGCUUUGCUGGCAGGAGUUUGUCCCUGGGGGGAGCCAGCCAGCUGGAGGUGGAAGGUCCCCCCUGAGUCCUGAGCUCAGCCUGGCCCUGGAGAAAGGUCACUCUGCCUUUGGGCGGUGUUUGCAUCCCCUUUUUGAAUCCCUCCCCAGUAAAGCUUUUCCCCUCGGAGGGAGCUGUUACAGCCCUGACUCAGCCCCAUCCCUGUUUAGGAUGGGAGCGGGGGGGACGCUGAGCCCUGGUGUGUCCCCCUCCACAUGCCCCAGCCCUCACCGUCACCCCCUGGGUUUGCUGCUGGCUCUCUGGUCUGGGGCAGGCCCAUGUCUUAAAAAUCACACGGGCUACCCCAAAUCCUUGUGCGGGGAAGCGUGACAGCCCCUGCGUGCCCCCCCCCCCUCCCCGGGACGUCCCCAGCCACCAAGGGCCACCAUCGGCUCCAAGGACCGAGCUUGGCGCUGUGAGUUAGGCUUCACUGGGGUUUUGGGGGGAGAGUGCCUUGCUGCUGGGUACCAGUGAGGGCUCGAGAGCUGCCCGCUUCCCUGGGAAGAUGGAAACGGGGGUCGGUGAAACCUGCCCUCUGCUUUCCUGCUGCGGCGGGGAAUGUGCCGACGUUGCCUUGACCUCGGCGGAGCAGGCGGUGGGGGGGUUGAAGCUGGGGGGAGCAGAGCACACUGUACUGAACGCUGUAUUUUCUAAAGAAUAAAGUAUUUUUAAAACAG